GAUUGUUUUGGUGUUGGUGUUUUUGCGGCAGUUGUUUCUAUUUAUUGUUGUUUGUGUUUCACAAGAUAUACUGCAGUAAAAACAGUAGCUGCAACCGUAUCGUUUUAUGUAGGCUAACGUUAGCCUAUAAUAACGCUUUGUUUUUCCACAUUUUACGCGUCAAAUAUUGGACACGUUUUAAAUAAGCGAUGUCAGAACGAAUUCCACUUUGUAGUGGAUGUACAGUGCAUUUUGGUUAAUGUCUUAUAAUAUUAUUGUAUGAUUUAACUGCAUCGCAAUAGCUGUGGGGUUAAGAGCUUUGGUGGUGAUUCUUUUAGAAAAGCUUUCAGAAUGUGGAGCAAUUCAGAGCAACAGCUGUAAUUGUUUGUAGUGUUAUAGGUGGUAUGCUAUAUUAUCUUUAACCUACAUUGUAUGUCUGACAAGGAAAAGUGUAAUAUUCCAAAAUCGCCGCUAGGUGGCAACCUUUCACAUUACAGGCCGAUAGACCAUACCAUUGGGUAACUUGUUCAAGGGAAGGCAACCUAUCAAGAUAACAGAUGUUGAAAUAUGACAUGAAACAACAAUGUCUAUGCAGAGGUGUUUCAUAGCAUUGUACAAAUAAUUUUUUUCAGGUUGGCCCAAAUGUGAAGCGUUUAAAAUAGAUGACAGGUUUCUUAACUUUUGGUUUAAAAAUGUUGUUUAGACGCUCCCCUAUUGUAAGUCGCGUUGGAUAAAUUGUGUGCCAAAUAAAUAAAUGUAAAAAGGUCUCUUUGUACUGCUCAAAUGCCACAAAUAUCAUCCUGUUCAUCAGUAGGGCUGUAACUUGCCUUUAUAAAUUGGUUGUGGAUACUAACCUAAAACCAUAAUGUAUAUUGAGGCCCUAGUUCCUUUUGGUAAAACAAAUGUCACUUUAAAUAACGUUGUUCUUCUAGAUGUAUACUUAUAUAACUUAUAAAGGUGAGUUUCCAUCAGUUUAUAGGUAAUUUUUUGCAACAUCGAUUAUUUUUUAGAAAAUGUCAAGAAAAGUGCAGUUAUGAAAUGUAAAAUACUAAGUAGUAGGCUAUGGCAAAACGUUAAAUAACAAGAAAAUGUUAUGUUACACGUGUGUAUGUUAAAUGUGUAUGACACUUUUGUGUAUAUUGUGUUGUGGUGACGCUGAAAGCUAUUAAACAUGAAUGAAAAUAGAAAAUGUUGUGGCUUUGAAGGAAAUUCUAACGGAAAUGUUAUAGCUCAACUACAGAAGAAUCUACAAAGGAAGAAUGAACGUGUAUGACAGUACCGUAAAACAACAAAUAUGUGAUUUUUGGAAUUGAGUCUAUAUUUUUUCUCAUGUGAGCAGGCUUUUAAGAGUUACCGACUUUCAUAUGAAGUAGGCCUAUGUAAAUUUAAACUUCAUAUGCUACAAGAGUUGACAUUCAUGACAGCUACUUCCUUGACACUUCCACAUCUCUUUUCAUGUCCUGGAGGUUUCCUAACCCAUACCAUACCUUAAAAAACACCUCCAAAUCAAAUAUUCAAAAUAAUAAUGUUUUUGCCCUUACUGUUUACACAGUCUUUAAAUGUAUGAUCUUAAGAAAUAGAAAGAAAAUAUGAAUUCAGCUGAACAUAUCGUUGAAGAGAGGUCAUUUAUCCAAUGCAAUAGAACUUGGGUUGCAACAAAGGCAAUCAUAAUUGUACUAGCAUCUUUUGAUGGUGUAUUAAUAUGAUAUUUAGAUAAUCCACUUUUUAUUAAAAUAUGAAGGCAAUUCAAAACUAAAAUGCCAGUAAGCCUUAUACAAUUUUUUAUGCAUUUUUCUUAUUUUCGAUAAGAAGGGGUUGGCUUUUUACUAAAAAAUUUAUCAAACUACAUUUUUCAGAUAAAGAUUAGCCUUUACAUUUGGUCAAUAUUCUGAUUUUGUUUCGUAACCGGGGAAGGCUGUAUUUUCCCUAAACGUUAGAAAUGUCGUUCUUUUUUAAAAUCUUCCCAAUUCUGUGAACGUUCUGGUGUACGUGCUUUGUGUGCAGAACGCGGCGCAUUGUUUCAGCAGAUCCUAUUUUUCUACCGCAGGAUCGUUACCCUCUGAAUGACCCCGCCUUGUGCUUGCUUCGAGUCUGAUAGAUUAGGGUAGUAGUGCCACGUUUUACCAGAGGGUGGCGCGCGACUACAAGAGUUAAACAACCUACAACAUUUAGUUCUGUGAAACUCUCGUUGCGCGUUCACGUCUCCAAACAAUUCCACACUGAUUUCCUGCUUACGCGCGAGUUUACCGCUGGAGGUCACAGAAUAGGAUUUACGACUGGUCAACAAAAACACGUGACUUUAAGCCGUACCCCAUAUUUGGAAGCCUACGUAGAAAGCAUUAAGUCUGUCUUACUCAUUUCCAUAAUUCAUCAUAAAUUGUGCAAGGGUGCAAUAGAAGCUCAAAACCAACAAGAGACACAAAUCAAACACGCACAGUAUUGUUCUCUCCACAACUGUACUUGAGUAGCUAAAAUAAUUAAGGUAAUUAUUGUCAACCAAUGAGCUCUUAUUUUGUGAACUCAUUUUGCGGUCGCUAUCCAAAUGGUGCGGACUACCCCUUACAUAACUAUGGAGAUCACAGUUCUAGUAGCCAAUACAGAGAUUCUUCGGGCAUGCAUUCGGGCAGGUAUGGAUAUGGAUACAAUGGAAUGGAUCUUAGCACCAGGGAGUCUAGUACCGGACACUUUCUCUCAUCUGGUGAGCAAGCUCAAAGCUACACGGACAAUCCAGCUGCGACGCCUGUCCAAUACAAUCAACCGGUUACCACGGACAGCGCUGCGUCCCCGUCGCCUUCCUCUGACCCUCUCCCGUGCUCGUCCUUAGCCAACUCUCCUGUCAGCGAGCUUCCACACCGCUCCCUAAAAACAUCACUACCGAACACCUCUGGCUCAGCAACCCACAGUGUCGGGCGUACUCUCAGUCGCCAAAACGUCUCUAAAGCGUCCCACACCGUGGAGGAAGAAAAUCCAGAAGGAAGUGCGCAGGCAGCCUCUCUGAAUGUAUCUGAUGGGUCUCAGCCACACAUUUACCCAUGGAUGCGAAAACUUCACAUAAGUCAUGACAGUUUGGUCGGACCAGAGGGUAAAAGGCCAAGGACAGCCUACACACGGUACCAGACGCUUGAACUGGAAAAGGAGUUCCACUUCAAUCGGUACCUGACACGACGCCGGCGAAUAGAGAUCGCGCACACGCUCUGUCUGUCAGAGAGACAGAUCAAAAUAUGGUUUCAAAACCGCAGAAUGAAAUGGAAAAAGGACAACAAAUUGAAGAGCAUGAGCAUGGCGGCCGCAGGAGGCGGUUACCGGCCCUGAGAAUGUGUAAAUACUGUAUAUGUUACUAUAUGUUUAAGUGUUAACACAUAAGUGUGUGCCCCUGUUUCCUAAACGUGUGUGUUCUGUAUAUCAUAGGGACAGAAUGUUAUGGGCUUUUCCCAUUUCGCAAAAUACUUUUCAGGGGAUUUACUGGCUCAUGACCAGUAAAACUAAUGGACAGAAAAACAAAAACAUUUCCUCUGUGUGUUUCAGUGUUGUAUAUACGUGGGCGGAUCUUUGCAUUGUCGAAAGCCCAUGAAGGUGUAAAAUAAUAUAAUUUUUGACUAAAUAUUCGGAUGCGUUGGUUACACUAAACUAAACCUGUUACGUUUGUAUGCUUAAGCAGAACUUAGAGACUUAUUGAUGUCUUAUUGCUUGUAAAUAUACCUUAAUGUAUUUAAUAUAUUUAUUUGAAUUCGAUAUAAAAUUUUCAAGUGUGUCAUUAUUUUAUCGAGCUUAACGUAGACUAGUACCAGAUUUUGGUCUUGCAGCAUCGUCACUGUGGUAUUGAUAAAGUCGUUUCGUUCAGACUUGUCUGCAUAUUUGUAAGUCAUGUCCUUAUUGGUACCUGAAUGUGAGGAAGUGUGUUUUAAGUGUUAAAAUGUUAGAGGUUAAGUCUAUUUAUUUUAUCUUGUGAAUUUUGAAUGAUAACUGGGAGUAAUGAUUAUGACAAUAAACUUUUUACUUGAAAAUUG